GAGUGUAAUUUAUUUUUAUUCUGAGAUUGUCUGAGAAACUGUGUCGAAUGUGCGGAUUUGAGGCCGAGGUUGGCAUGUUUUGAGCGGCCGCCGGUUGCCAGAGGAGCGCGAUGAGCGAUAGAGAGGAGGAUAUUUGGGAUUAUAAAUCUGUGCGCAAACUGAGGCGUCCCGUAAAUAAUGGCGAGGUCGGCAGCCCCCCUCCUGGGAAGUCGGUCAGGCGGUCGAAAGCCGAGCGGGGAGGGAGUAGCAGAGAUGUCGCCGAUGGGUUGCGGUCUAGCAGCCGAGUCAAAUGCCGCCACACUGAGCGGGAAGCCGGGGUCAAAGAGCCGCUCUCCUCUCGGCCUCUCAGUCCCCCUGCACCGCCAGCACAUCACCACGCCACCCCCAGCCCUCCGUCACGGCCUGCUGCUCCUUCUACCCCACCCAACCAGACUGACAACACCAAUGCGCCCGAUGGAAAAUGUACCCUGACAGACUCCAAGCCGGCCCACGCUGGCCACUGCCCAAUCUGUCAAAUGCCCUUCUCUCUGCUGCUGAUAGAAACGCCUCGGUGGCAUGUUGCAGAAUGUUUGGAUACACCAGGUUGCACGAACAAUGAAUGCCCAGAUGGCUUGCUUUGUAACAAUACAAUUCCAAGACACUACAAACGUUACUCCCACUUCCUGCUUGCUGAAAAUAGAGCUUUGAGCCAAAAUGACACUCAAUCUGCAUCAUGCAAUGGCUUAGAGAAAGAUACUCUGGUUGUUUCCCCUGACCUUAACAAUAAUUGCCAAUCCUUGCCAAUCAGUCAAUCUGUCCAGAUUAAAGAAAGUCCAGCAAGAAAAACCCAAAAUGCCCUGCUGUUGCUAAAAUCACCUGUUAGCAAAGCUACUGAAAGAAACUCAAACAAAUUCAAACUCAUAAGAGAAAAAACAGGGACACACUCUUCUGAAAAGGUUUUAAAGGAAGGAGUGUCUACAUCAUCAUCUGGUAACCUUCAUAGAAGAUUGCCUCGUUCAGCACCACAAUUAACAACAGAAGUAAAGCCUGGGAUCAAUAUGGAUGGAUUGUUUAAUGAGGCAGCAGUCAACAAUGUAACAAUGAAGCUGAAGAGUUUCUCAGAAGAUAAAUCUGCUUCUGCCCUUGCUUCAAUUACCAAUUAUAAUGAUGAUGAUAUCAGUUACUCUCCACUUUCUAGUGACGAUGAAAUUCCUAAUCAUAAUUCUAGAUCUUUUCUAAGGAAGCAGUUGUUUCAAGAUCAGAGUAUUAAUCGUUGUUGUAAAAGUGAAAAUGUAAUGUUUUCUGACUUUAGGAGUCAGGAGCUAAAGUGCAAAUCUAGUGCCAUUAAGGACAUGGUCACACCUGGUAUUUCUGCUCAAGGCACUGGCCCAGAUUGUGCUAAUAUUUCAACACAAAAUAGCCAAUUACAACAGCCAAAAUCUGUACUGACGGCAUAUAACUGGAUUCCAUUAAAUAAUGAAAACAAUAAAGAGGUAAAUGAUCAAUCACAAUCUAAUUUAACAGGAUCAGACUUAAUUAAAUCGGAAUCAGAAGACUCAAAUUCUCGCAGUUUAUUAGAGCCUCCUCAAAUUAAAGAGGAACAAAGUAACUCAUCCCAGUUUACUAUGCAUGCUGUUGUUGAAAAACUUUUUGAUUAUCAAAUUAGAAAAGAAGGUAAUUCCAAAUAUCCCAUGGAGAUCUCAUUGGCUGAUACUCAGAACUUUAUUACUGAGGAACUGGGAAACAUUUUACAAAAGGAUAAUGGUCCAAAAAACACAACAAAGUCUUUGGAAAUGGCAUCACUGAGUUUAUUGGAAAGAGGUUCCAUAAAUUCCCCCAAGAGGACUGCUGUUAAUAAAGAAUUAAAGCAAACUGAUAUUGGAGUUUUCUUUGGACUUCAACCAAAAAUCAAAGAGGAAAAAGAAUGUCUCAAAAAUGUAUCUCAAGGAAAAACAAAAGAAUUAUUUUCAGAGAUCUCAUGUAUUGCUAAAAGACAAAGACAAAGGAAGAGGAAAAUUGAUAGCUCUGUUGGAGAUGAAGCUUGCAUUGGGAAUGUAGAAAAACUUCAAACAGGGCCUACUGAUGAACAACAAAGCAGAGUGAAAAGACAAAGAAGAAGAAGAAGCACAUACAGCAAAAAUAAGCAGUGUCCUUUUUACAAGAAGAUCCCAGGAACUAAUUUCACAGUGGAUGCCUUCCAAUAUGGUGUUAUUGAGGGUUGUACUGGCUACUUUCUUACUCAUUUUCAUUCAGAUCAUUAUGGAGGUCUUACCAAGAAUUUCAGAUGCCCCAUUUACUGCAGCACAAUAACACGCAAUUUGGUGAUAUCUAAACUUAAAGUACAGGAUCAGUAUGUUACAAGUCUACCCAUGAACACUGAAUGUAUUGUGGAUGGAGUUAAGGUUGUGCUUUUGGAUGCAAAUCACUGUCCAGGUGCUGUUAUGCUGCUGUUUCAGCUUCCAAAUGGCAAAACACUCUUGCAUACUGGUGAUUUUCGAGCUAAUACCUCCAUGGAGCGUUACUCUCAUCUCAUGGGUCAAAAAAUUGAUAUUCUUUAUCUUGAUACCACAUAUUGCAGUCCAGAAUACACCUUUCCUUCCCAGCAAGAAGCCAUACAACUUGUGGGAAAUAUUGCUUUUGAAAGUGUAACAAUAAACCCUAGGACAUUAGUUGUCUGUGGUACAUAUUCGAUUGGAAAAGAGAAGGUUUUCCUUGCCGUAGCUGAGGUGCUUGGGUGUAAAGUCUGUACUACUAAAAAUAAGCUUGAUAUUCUACGAUGCUUGGACUGGGAACAGAUAAAUUCUGUUAUCACUUUGGACUGGGAAAGAUCUCAACUUCACCUAUUGCCAAUGAUGCAGAUUACUUUUAAGGGUUUACAAGCGCAUAUGAAUAAAUUUCCAGGAAAGUAUGACCAAGUUGUAGCAUUCAAACCAACUGGAUGGACAUACUCAAGCCAGAGUGGCACAGUUCUUGACAUCAAACCUCGGGUCCAAGGAAAGAUUGCGAUAUAUGGUGUACCUUAUAGUGAACACAGCAGCUACCUUGAGAUGAAGAGAUUUGUACAGUGGCUUAAACCAAAUAAAAUUAUUCCUACAGUUAACAAUGGAAGUUGGCAAGAAAGGAAUAUGAUGGACAAAAUAUUUAAUGAAUGGAUGACUGAAUCUGUGAAAAAGAAUAUUUCAUGAUCUUUAAAUGUUUUGUGAAGUUAUUACUGAUUUCAUAGGUAGUCUGCUUUGAAUUAAUCAAAAUAUCUUUCAGAAAGAUGUUUUACAAUUAUUGAAUGUAUAUUGAGCUUUAAGAAUGUAUGAUGUAAAGUGAUUGUUUUACUAUAAUAUUUAAAACUGCACAGAUUAUUUGGUAUAACAUAUUGACUGCAAUGUAUUGCCUUAAAUGAUCUACAACACAUGAACGUGAAUACAGUGAUAUGGAAAGAUAUUAGCAAAAAGUACUUGUACAUGAAUUAUGAAAGCGUAGCAGGAUUACUUCAAGUGCUUAAUUAGUAAUACAGGCAUUAAAGUACAGUAAAAGUAUUCAUUUAUUUUAAUAAGAUUUGAUAAAUAAAGAGAUGUGACCUUUUGCUGAACCUUUAUUUUAUCUAUUUAUUUCAAUUAUACAGGAAUAGGAACCAUAAUGAACAGUUUUAUUAGCUGCUUUUUUGGCAAAAGCAAUACAUGCAAACGUGUACAUUCUAUUCAUUCAUUGUUAAUAAAGAUGAGAUUUUUGAGACAUUGGACCAUU